CCUGCCGCCCCCCUCCUCACUCGGCUCUCUGGAGGAAAGCCAGCAGCACUCCGGCAGCUCAGUAUCAUGGGCCGAGCCGCUGCUUUGCUUGUCAUUUUCCUGCUCUGCCACCUGCGCUCAGAGGGAGCCGAGGAAGGAGCGCCCGUGAAAAAGGCGAGGGCCCCCGCCCAGCCUGGUGGCGAGGAAUUGGGCACCAAGUCGGCCACCGCGCGACCUCACGACGACGACGAUGGUCAGCAGUCGCAUCUGCCCGCAAGCUUCCUGAGCCCCUCGGUGCUUCAGGCCCUCGAGCUGGGCAAGGCCAUCCCAGGUCGUGCUGGUUCAGACUACCCAGUGCUGGGCGAAGUUCCCUACACAAAUUUCUACUGCGACGAGCAGCCGUACCCAGGCUUUUUCGCAGACACAGAGACCAGAUGCCAGGCCUGGCAUUACUGCGACAUUGAUGGACGCCAAGCGUCCUUCCUGUGUCCGAAUGGGACUCAGUUCAACCAGGCCGUUUUUGUGUGCGACUGGUGGUUCAACGUGCGUUGCGACCUGAGCACGGUCCUUUAUGCCCUGAACGACCGCCUUUAUAGAAGGCCGCACCACGACGUGGCCGCUCCUCAUCGUAGCAUCACCAAGGAUCUGCUGGAAAACAUCUUCACUUAGUGCCAUUUUAUGUCUUUUAAAUAAAGUAGUGAAAUUUUUAGAAGUGUAGAUAGACACUUUUCCAAAAGACUGCUGCGGACAAAAGAUCAGAUGGGAAGGGUAUAUUAUCUUUUUUCAAUUAGGUUGUGGCAACUCAGGGCUCUUAUCAAGCCUGAUUUCCGUGUUAAAAAAAUUCAGUUUAAUUGCCUCGUUGUCACAAAAUGUACGCCAGAACCUUGGCAUUAACAAAUUUGCCUCUCCAAUUUUCUUCGACAGAUAAUAAUUUCUGCUGUAAGCUGGGUGCCGAUAUAUGUUAUCCGCCGCGUGACCUUAAGUUAAAUAUCUCUCCCUUUUUUGUGCCUUCCUUUUCAUCGCGAAACAAUUACGCCACAGAUUAUACAGAUGACCGAACAUUUUCGCGGCUCGCAUUCGAUAUUCUUUGCUCUUGUUGUUAUGCGCGUGGAGUUAGCCAAAGGUGCAUUCGUGACUAGGCAAUGAAAGGAUAUAAUAUAUAGAGCAAAGACCUUCGCGCGAGCUCGGCAGUGAAAGGAACAACAAAGGAACAGGAUUUGAAUUGGCGGGCGGAUUACAUUAUCUUGACUCUGAAAUUAUAAAAUUGAAAAUGCUUUUUAUACAAAAGCGAUAUAUCGAGAGUUGUGUUGUUGCGGUAUCCGGGGGCGUGCAAAAAUCAUGAGGUUCAGGCUUGACAGCCGGCGAAACUUCGUGUUUCUGUUGGGCAAUUUAUCUUCCGCUCGGAAAGUGCCUUCUAGUAAAUUAUUUAGACUUUUAUAUGCAUCUGCAUUGUGCCUUUUUUAACGACGACGAAUUGUAUUGUCUUGCGCGGUGUAUUCGACCAGCGGGCGUUUUUUUUUAUUGUUUAGCAGUACCUGUUAGUUUCGUGGACUUGAUGCAAAAGUACAACUUCUAUUUCCUCCCUUUUUGCAGUUUUAUAGCCAUGUGUGUAAGACCGGCUCACGUGUACCAGUAUUUUUUCCUCCAGCCAUUCUCCGCCACUUAUAAUGUAUUCUGAAGUUGUUCAGCAGGACAUCAAUUACUAUUUCGAAACUAGAAAAUAAAAACUACCUGAUUAAUUGGCAACGUCAA